CGUAAUGUAUCAUGUAAACCGAAGGCAAAGCCGGUAGCUCCCUUCUCAACAAUUCAUGUUCACACUGGAUUAGACGUUGAUCUAACGCUGCGCUUCACACCCUUGAGCCUGCUCGAACCGCGCCACCCCCGGCAAGAUGAUGCGGACCUCAUAUCACCCCACACCCUCGUCCGUCCGAGACCGCACGACAGAGUUCAAGUCGAUAAUCGAGUCAAUACGCUUGCGCAAUGGGGGGCCAGCAGGCUCAACAGGACCCGCAACAUCUGCGCGGCACAGGCUCCUGGAACAGCCGGGCGAAAGCUCGGCAUCCGCGGCGGCAGGGCAAGGGGCCAGCAAGAAGAAGGCGGCAAAGGGGGAAUUCGCGCAGCGAGCGCAGGCAAUCGCUAGCGAUAUCGCGAGCACGACUGAGAAACUUGGGAAGUUGGCGCAGCUCGCUCGACGAAAGACGCUCUUUGACGACCGGCCGGUCGAAAUAUCCGAGCUGACCUACAUCAUCAAGCAUGACAUUGCCGCCAUCAAUAAGCAGCUUGCGGAUCUGCAGUCUUACAACAAGGCGCAAGGAAAAGGGAAAGGUGGAAAAGGGACGGAGAAGGUCGAUACACAUCGAGGCAAUGUGGUCACACUGCUGCAGACCAAGCUCGCAGAAGCGACUACCAGCUUCCAAGAUAUCCUUGAAGUUCGCACGCAGAAUAUGAAAGCAUCGAAAGACCGGACAGACCAGUUCAUGUUCGGCGGCGCCGCGCCCGCAAUGCCCCCAGGCGAGAAUUCAGUCCUUCGCUCCCGCAAACCUGGCGCCCCUGCUCCUUUCGUACCGGACACACCUGGCUCCACAACUUACGGCGGUGCGCCCACGCCUCCCUCGCGUUUAGAUUCGCCGCUGUACAAGCCGAACCGCACCGCUGCUGCUGCACACAGGCAACUGCCUGGAUAUGAUAUGGGCGGAGGUGGUGCUGCUGGCGUUGCGAGGGGGGAGGAGAUGGGCAUGGGCAAGGCUGGCGCGCCAGCAGGCGCUGAUGUCGAGUUCCUGGCGUUGGACAUGGGCAGCUCCUCCCUUGGAGCGGGAGGGCAUGCCAAUGGCGGGCAAUAUAUGCAAAUGCAACUAAUGGAACAUCAGGACAAUUACAUGCAACAACGAUCAACAGCGAUUGAGUCGAUCGAGUCGACCAUCUCCGAGCUCGGGUCCAUAUUUUCACAACUCGCUCACAUGGUCGCAGAACAGCGCGAGACGGUGCAACGAAUCGACGAGAACGUAUACGACGUUGUCGACAAUGUCUCCGGGGCACAGAGAGAAUUGCUCAAGUACUACAACAGUGUCAGCUCGAACCGAUGGCUCAUGCUCAAAGUUUUCGGCGUGCUCAUCAUAUUCUUCCUCAUUUUCAUUCUUGUAUCGUAGAUUCACCUACCUGCGUGAAAUGCAAAUUCAUACAAAG